GUCGGCUCACUCAAGCAUAUGCGUCUUCGGCCUGGUAUUGUACCCACACUGUUCGUGCCCAGCCUGUGUGGAGAGUCGGAGGAGCGGCGGCCGGGACCCUGCGCAGCGCCGGCAACCAGGCAGCGAGACACGGGGGAGUCGGUGGGCAGCGCGGCCACGUUUUUUAUAGGUCCAGGAUGGGCUUUUUUAUGUCUAAAAGUAUGGAUGAAAGCCUAAAGAAACAACAAGAGUUCAUGGCAGCAAACAGCGCUCUCCAGCUGGAGAGGCAGAUGCUGAUGCAGAACGAGAUGAGACAGAGACAAAUAGCAAUGCAGAUUGCAUGGUCCCGUGAAGCAAUAAAGUACUUUGGAACUUUCUUUGGACUUACAACUGUUGGUUUAACAAUAGGAGCCAUGAAGAAGAAAUCGCCAAGAUAUCUGGCACCUCUUGUUCCUCUGACCUUCAUUUUAGCUUAUCAAUAUGAUCUGGCAUAUGGAACCCUAAUGAUAAGAAUGAAAGAUGAGGCAGAGAACAUAAUAGAUUCAGAACCAACACUACUUGGGAUGCCAAAGGGAGUGCCAACGUUUGAAACCAUUGAAAAAGCAAGGAGGGCGCGGAAUACAUUUUUCAUUCAAAAGUAGGCUAUUAGAUCAGAAGAUUAUCCCAGAUUGAAAAAAAUGGAUCAAAGAAGAAGAAUACCUGAAUGUUGUGCACUUGUUACUGUAUAGAUCUAUUGAAUCGACCUGCAGCUUUUCUCUUUAAUAAUGUGCCCAUUCUUUAAUAAAGCUCCAAAUAUUCUGGGAGAUUUUUUUAGAUUA